AUGCGCGCGGCCAAGAAGCUCACAAGCGAGGGCUGCAAUGCUCCCAUCCGAGACAAGAAUGCUGUCUAUAUUCGAGUGUCGGACAUUCUUGGUGUGAUGUCCGGUCUCUUCAUCAUCCAGAGAUUCGCCUUUAAAUUAUGGGCAAAACAAAACUUUUGGUUGGACGAUUGGUUUGCUCUCGCCACCAUUAUCAGCGGUGCACCUUCAACCAUUAUCAACACAUACGGCGUUGGUGUCAAUGGAAUUGGACAAGAUGCAUGGACCCUCAACUUCGAUCAACUGUACAACUUCGGGAAAUUCUUCUACAUUAUGGAAGUUCUCUAUUUUUUUCAAAUCACAUUGGUGAAGCUGUCAAUGUUAUUCUUUUUUCUGCGCAUCUUCCCAGCACCAGCUGUGCGACGGCUUCUCUGGGGCACCGUUGCAUUUGUGGUUGUUUACGGCAUCGUUUUUGUCUUUGUCGGCCUCUUCACAUGCUCUCCUAUAAGUUACUUUUGGACGAAGUGGGACCAAGAACAUAGUGGAAAGUGCAUGGAUAUCAACGCAAUCGCCUGGUCAAACGCAGGCGUUGGUAUCGCCAUAGACGUCUGGAUGCUUGCUAUACCAUUGUGGCAACUCAAGGGCUUGAAGAUGAACUGGAAGAAGAAAAUCGGCGUUGCCGCCAUGUUUAUGCUGGGUACAUUCGUAACCGUCGUCAGUAUUCUCAGACUCCGAUCUCUCGUCAAAUUCGGUUCUGACUCCACGAACCCUACGUGGGACUUUUUCGAAGUGUCGAUGUGGUCCACUAUAGAAAUCAACGUGGGCAUUUGGUGUGUCUGUUUACCCUCACUCAGACUUCUACUUGUACGCCUGUUCCCAACUCUCGGUGGCUCGACAGCGCGUAGCUACGCGGGAUAUAGCAGCAGCAACAAUCGACCACCCGAAAAGAACCAUCGAAGUGCAAGCUUAGGCCCGAGCGCUACAGCAACAUCCUCGUUCAACGACUGGCAAAACCGAUCGGGCCCCGCUGGCAAUCAGAUAGCUUACCACAAGGCAUAUGCUGUCGAGGUUUCGCAUUUAGAUGAAGUUGCUCUGAUGACUUUGAAAGACCAUGAGUCGCGCACCGCAGCAAGCAGCAGCAGGGGUAGCGCAUAA